GGCUCAGUCGUUAAGCGUCUGCCUUCGGCUCAGGUCAUGAUCCCAGUGUCCUGGGAUCGAGCCCCGCAUCGGGCUCCCUGCUCUGCGGGAAGCCUGCUUCUCCCUCUCCCCUCCCCCUGCUUGUGUUCCCUCUCUCACUCUGUCUCUCUCUGUCAAAUAAAUAAAUAAAAUCUUUAAAAAAAAAAAAAAGAGCAUUUUAAGUUGCUUACUUUUCUUAGGACCGUCUCUUAUCCUGGCUGACUUCCCUUUUAUUGUCCAGAAUGCCAUAAGCCCGUGCCUCACUAAUCACUGACAAGGGGGAAUAGGACCACUACAAUGGGCUUAGACUAACCAAGACUCAUUCCCAGGGCUGGCUCCAAGCUUCCCUGAAGCUCUUGGCUGCUCCACAGAACAAAAUUAAGGUUCUGUUAGGAAGAAGGGAGAUGGGGGUAGGGGAAUGGGUAUUCAGUGUGCAACCAAUAGUGUUUGUUACAGAAUCCAAAAGUCUAGGUUGUUAACCUUGCCACACUGCUGCUUUUCUGGCUUCUCCCCUCAGUUCCCAUCCCCAUCUAGCAUAUUUCCUUAACAGUGAGCCAAGUCUACAACCCUAGCUCUAAAUGCUACAUGCCAAGGCCAUCCUUGGCAGAACAGUGAGAAACGUGAAAUGUAUUCCUUGGGGCCCAGCGCUCCUGUGCAAUCCACAAGUUAGGGACGCGUGCUUGGUUAGCCUGGGCAUGUCACACUCGGGUGGGGAGAAGAGCAGAGGUUCUGCCUCCUGGAAAGGUGGACUGGCCUGACCCUGACCCAGCCCCAGAGCUGAGUUCCAGUCAUGCUCCCCCCUCUCUGAGAGCUCUUCUUUCUGGUCCAUACUUCUCUGCUCUUAGAAUCUGAAUUCUUUUUUCUUUUUUUUUCCCUUCCUUCCUUCCUCCCUCCCUUCCUUCCUCUUUUUUCUUUCUCUCUCUCCUCUUUCUUUUUUUCUUUCUUUUAUAAAUAAGCUCUGCAGCCAGUGUGGUGCUUGAACUCACAACCCUUAGAUCAAGAGUUGCAUGCUCUACCAAUUGAGCCAGCUAGGCACGCUCUGAAUUUCUUAACAAAUUCUAAUUUGUCCCCUAGUCUUAAAACCCAACAUUACCAUCAUAUUUCCUUUCCUUGAACUCCCACAGUAGAAAAACCCAUAUCCACUGAAUUUACUAACCAGUCGCAGGUCUCCUAUGUGAGUUAGAAGCUUAGAGAAAAUAUUAGACAAUAGGGAAGAAAAUUUUUAGUAGCUGAGUGCCAGGUGCUGGGGUAAAUCCUUUCCCACACUGACUUUAUCUUAACAGCACCCUGGUAGAUUAGGUUAUUUUAACUUUCACAUUUGGGUUUAGGGAAUUCAUGUUCAGCAGAAGUUAAGUCACCUGCUCAGACAAGGUUAAGGAUGGCUCGUGGCCACAAGCUAGUAGGAGCCCAUGAUAGUGUGACCUCAGGCCCAUGAUCUUUCCCCUCCACCCCCUCUUUCUGACUUCAUGGUCUUUGCUGGUACAAAACACAUUUGUAUAUAUUAAUUCGAGCCUCACAACAGUAGCAGGGUGAGUCCUGGUAUCUACAUUUUGUAAAAGGUUCAGAGAUACUAAAUGACUUGCCCGAAGUCAUAUGGAGCUUAGCUUUUCUGACUACAGAAUAUGCCUAGCAGAGCACGGCAUUAUUUGUUGAAUGAUAAUCCAGAUGAUGGUGGAUAUUCAAUAAAUAAUUCUUGUCAAAGUAAAAUGAUUGAAAAGAAACUUAAUGUCACUGCUUAGAGGUCUCUAGGCUCCUUUUUCUCUCUGUCACCUCCCUUCUGGGAUCCCCUUAGAGACCCUCUUUUCCCAGGCAUUCCAUCACUUUCAGUCAACACUCACAAAGAGUAGCACCUACAUGUCUUCAGGCAGGGGGUUUAAGAAGGAAGGGUGGUCCUCUUUAAGACAGAGCUGAAUGGACCUCACAGUUUUUGUUCUCUCACCUCCCACCUUAGGGCUUCCUUUGCUCCCUGGAACAGGGAGCCCACACUCAGACUUUUUCCCUACCUCCACGAGGUGGACUGCAUUUGUUCUGGAGUAGACCAACCAGUGAGCUCCUGGCCUUGGCCCUGGCAGUUACCUCCCUAGUACCUCCUCCCUUCUCUCCUCCCUUGGCCCUGCCUCCUGCCUCUGGCCCCACCCCACCACCCUGGACACAGUACAAAGCCUAAAGCUUCGGCUCCAAGGGAAACAAAAGGAACUGCUUGGAUUCCCAUGACUAUGGCCAGCACCUUCAUACCAGGGCUGAACCCUCAGAACCCUCAUUAUAUCCCAGGGUACACUGGACACUGCCCACUACUUCGCUUCAGCAUGGGCCAGACCUAUGGGCAGAUGACCGGUCAGCUGCUUCGAGGGUUUCCUGGCCUAGCCUGGCCCCCCACCCAUCGCACACUUCUGCCUCCCAUCAGGCCUCCGGCAUCUCCUGAGGUUCCCAGGGGAAGCCUGCCUGUCAGGCGGAGGCAUGAAAGGCUCAGCUCCAGCAUGAUUCCUGGGUACACAGGUUUUGUACCCCAGGCACAGUUCAUCUUUGCCAAGAACUGCAGCCGGGUCUGGGCUGAGGCUCUGAAUGAUUUCACUCAGUGGUCUGUGGGACAAGGGGGUCAAGAGCUGCCAAAGGAGGCCAAGGGUAAAAAAGAUGAGAAAGACGAAGAGCCAAAGCCAGAGCCAGAGCUGGAGGCAAAGGAGCCAGAGCUGGGGCAAGAGGCAGAGCAAGCUUCCCCCUAUUCCAUGGAUGACAGAGAUCCUCGCAAGUUCUUCAUGCCAGGUGAGAGGAAGUGGCUAAUGACCAAAGGCAUGGGGAGGCUCCCAGGAGGUCCUGACUCAGUAUCCCCCCCAGGCUUCACUGGUUACGUGCCCCGUGCCCGCUUCCUCUUCGGCUCCAGCUUUCCUGUGCUCACCAACCGGGCACUGCAGGAAUUUGGACAGAUGUACUCAGGGAGCAGACCCCAGAAGGAUCCCAAACAUCUCCCUCCACUUUCUAGGACCUAUCCUCAGAACCUGUGCCUUUUACCUAAUUAUGGGGGCUAUGUGCCAGGAUAUAAGUUCCAGUUCGGGCACACCUAUGGGCAUCUCACCCAUGAUGCACUGGGCCUCACCACCCUCCAGAAGCAGCUCCUGGUAUAGAUAGGUACCUGGACUUCAAGUUCUCUCUUCUCUGUCUUCCUAUCUCAGCCUUUUGGAAGGAAGAGAGGUGGGCCCGAGGGGGGUGGGGGGGGGAGGCACAAAGAGAAAUGGUUUGGAGGCCGAGCACCUUUUUUAUUAAUAGGUGUAAUAAAUAAAUAAAUAAAUACAUAAACAA